GAGAGUCCGUAGAGCCUUUCCCCGCCAGCGCCCUCGCUCUUUGGCUCCUGGAGUCGGUGUGGUAGUCUUCCCACGCUGAGGCCGUCUUGGAAGGAGGGAGCUGCUCUGUGCCUCCCGGAUACCUCUACCUCAUCCGUUGGUGUGUCCCUGAUGGUGAGGCAGGCUCUGGAUUCUUAGAACCCUGAAGCGAAUUUAAGAAGAUUUUGUUCAUGUGUCUGGCAUAGAAGAUGAAUUCUUCCUCCUCCACCAUGAACGAAGAACCCGAUGCUCUCUCCGUGGUUAACCAGCUCCGGGAUUUAGCAGCAGAUCCAUUAAAUCGAAGAGCCAUUGUCCAGGAUCAGGGAUGUCUGCCUGGCCUUAUUUUAUUUAUGGACCAUCCCAACCCCCCUGUUGUUCACUCAGCUUUGCUUGCUCUUCGAUACUUGGCAGAGUGCCGUGCUAACAGAGAAAAGAUGAAAGGAGAACUGGGUAUGAUGUUAAGCUUGCAAAAUGUUAUACAAAAGACUACAACUCCAGGAGAAACAAAACUGCUGGCCUCUGAAAUCUAUGACAUUCUUCAAUCUUCUAAUAUGGCAGAUGGUGAUAGUUUCAAUGAAAUGAAUUCACGUCGAAGGAAAGCUCAGUUUUUUCUGGGAACCACAAACAAACGUGCCAAAACAGUGGUUUUGCAUAUAGAUGGUCUUGAUGAUACGUCUCGGAGAAAUCUAUGUGAAGAGGCUUUGUUAAAAAUUAAAGGUGUUAUUAGCUUUACUUUUCAAAUGGCCGUUCAGAGAUGUGUGGUGAGAAUCCGUUCAGAUCUGAAAGCAGAGGCUUUGGCAUCAGCAAUAGCAUCAACCAAGGUUAUGAAGGCUCAGCAAGUUGUGAAAAGUGAAAGUGGAGAAGAGAUGCUGGUCCCAUUCCAAGACACACCUGUGGAAGUAGAACAGAAUACAGAGCUGCCCGACUACCUGCCUGAGGAUGAGAGUCCCACAAAGGAGCAGGACAAAGCAGUGUCCCGGGUGGGCUCCCACCCAGAAGGGGGGGCCAGCUGGCUGAGCACAGCUGCAAACUUUUUAUCCAGAUCGUUUUACUGGUGACUUCACUUUGGGGCUCAAGGACUGUGUGAACGAACAAGGGGCCAGUUUUCCAUUGUUGUGGUGAACUGUCAAGUGCAAUUUGCAAUAAGUUAUCAUGAAAAGUUUCUAGAUUACAAGAUUGAGUAUGCUGCAUCUUACAUUUUAUUGGACAUUUUACCCCACUAAGUGGUAAAAAGGACAGAGGCUACAGGUAGAGUUACUUUGUUUAUGAAGGUAUUUUGGUUUUGUUUUCCUUUAAUUGCUUCACUUAAAAAAAAAAAAAAAAUGGGUCCACUGUUAUACCAAACAUAUAUAUAUAUGUGCAGCUUUACAUUUUGUUUUACAUGAAGCACGUGAUUAGGAAAACUCGUUUUCUCAAGCCUCAGGGCCUAUCUGAAGAGAAGUUCCUUUUUUUUUUUUUUUAAGCUCAAGUUGUGCAUGAAUUACUGAACUUUUUCUCUGCUUUUUUUUGUAAAACAUACUUUGGUACUCUUCACUGAAAGUUGAAAACAUUUCUCAUUAAUCCCCUUUUGUGCCUUUUUUUAAUUUUGCCAACCAUGUUUAUAGACAGGACAUUACUAAUGACAUUUUGUGAAUUAAAACAUAUUCAUUGGAAUGUGACAGUCCCCUAAAAAUCCAACUCUACAGAAACUUUGCUGUCUUAUUUGUUGUAAUUUUAAUAAUAGGAACACAAAGUCAAGAAGGAAACAUGUAUAUCUGCAAAGGGUCAUGGAGACUGUUGGAAUGUGACCAAGUGUGGGUCUAGUGGGCUACUGCUCGUCUUGGUUCAUAAUAGCUCUUGAGACCUGACACUGGGAGUGACCAGAAGUGGUCUGUAGGCCUUAUUUGUGAUUACACACUGUCCCCUGCUAGGAAAAAAAUUAGUAAAGAACUGAGAAACUUGAAGAAAAAAAACAAAAAUGGAAUGCCUAUAAUGCCAUAGUGCUAUUUGGUAGAGUCUAACCUUAAAAACAUGAGUUGCUUGGCAGAUGCCUUUUCGGUAGGUGUUUCCUUGUUUGCCUUCUGUGAACAUGCAGUCAUACGGAAUGGAAAGAAAAAAAAGACUCAAAUUACUGCUUAUAAAGAAAUAAAGCCAGCAUUUGUCCACUUCAUCUUGUUUGUCACAUUCAGCCAGAAAAAAAGCAAGACUUCAGUGAAGGUAAGAUAAAUAAAUACAAAUAUAUAUACAUAUAUAUUUUUAGUAGAUAAGAGCUAAUGACAUAUAUGUAAUGCUUUAUUGAAUUUUUGAAGUAUUGGGCCAUUAAAAUUUUCCUUUUGGAAAUCCAGCUAAAUCCAGAUGAAUUUUUAAUGCUAAUACGAUUAAAAACUAAUGGGAAGAAAUGGAAUAAUUUUUUCAUCAACAUGUAGAGCUGCUAUUUUACUACUUGGAGAAUGUGAAGUGAAAAUUGGACCCCAGAGGGUUUCCUUGCAUUUUCAUCGGUUCUCUGUUAGAGAAAACUAAAAUCAUCCAGUGUCGCUGGAGAAAAAUUAUUGUAAAAUACUUCAUCAUCAAGAACCUUGAGUUCAAAACAUUGUGACCUUAUGGAGGGAGGGGUGAAGGUAUUGAGAGUGAUAUUUUUUCCAUCUGGGCUCUGGUUCAGGUGACACGCACAACAGAAAAUAGAAGCUUUCAGGGCAUGUAUUGCUUUAAAUGCAUAAUACAGUUUGCUGCCAGACCAGAUGUGUUGGAAAACAAAAACAAAACCACCUCCUUUCUUAUAGCCAUUGAAACAAAGUUUACGUUGUGUUUUAACAAGUUUGUAUUUUAGUUUGCAUUGCCACACAUCUGCUUAUUUAAAAAAUGACGUCCCUUUGGUAGUAAUGGUUCAGCACAAGUAGGUGUCACAGCUUGAUGUUUGUGUGUUUUAAUUCUCAGUGUUCUUUGAUUCCAGGUCUUAUAGAGCAGUUAAGGCAACUGUAAUGGCAUUUUUUGAAAUAUAUUGUAAAAUAAUAAAAGGUAACAUAAUUAAAAUU